CUUCGAAGAAGCGAAAGGUUGAGGGCUACUUAGACAGUAGGACACAGAACAUCGCUGGAUACAAGAAAGAACCCCCUUCACAGUUAGCUCAACCAUCGGAAUUCUGCAAGUCACAGAUGCAAUGCUCUAAUCCUCCACAAAUACUAUGCCAUCAUCCUCCAGGAGCCAUGUCUAUACCUGUUACACUUAUGCAUCCAGUUUUUGGAAGAUUUGUGGACAACUGCAAAGAGUCAAAACUACUCAUGAAGACCAUGAAUUCAUUCUGA